AUGGUGACGGUCAUUACAAAAGCAAGAGACUUGACCAACAUGAAAUUGGAAGAUCUAGUUGGUACUCUAAGAGCUCAUGAACCAUUGUUGCUGGCUGAUAAACCUAGCAGAAAAGAAAAAAUGAUUGCGCUAAAAACAAGCCAAACAGAAAGUUCAUCCUCUAAGAAGACGGAAGAGGUCAUGAAAAAGGAAAGCUCGGAGUAUACUCUAUCUGAGGAAGAGGAUGAACUGGCUCUGAUUUCCAGAAGAAUCCAGCGGAUGAUAUAUCGAAGAGGACAAGAUAGAAGAUCUCCUCAAAAAGAAAAAACUGAAAAAAUUUCAUUUCUCUCUCUCUCUUCACCACGAACUCCCUUUCAGUAUUCUCAAACCAUUCCCUUUUGUUUCCUCCUCUCAACAAAAAUGGCUCGCAUCAAAACUACAGACAAGAGAAAAAUCUUAUCUUUUGAUCCGGAAACAGACUCACAAAACUAUUCAAGCUCUGAAUCCGCUGGCCAAGGAAUAAAACACAAGUCUGUCUCUCCUCCUCGGGCACUUCCUCAACCUCUUUCUCAAAAAACCAAAAAACCCUCAUCUUCAAAACCCACUGCCUCAACUAGAAGAUCUUCAAGAGUUCAGUCUGGGGCUGUCUCUUCAAGCAAAAAGGUUCCUCAGGACUUUACUGUUCAUGUGGUUGAUUCAGACGAUUCCAAAGGAAAUACCUCGGCUCCAUCGAUCCCUAAAUCAUCUUCCAAAACUUCCACUCCAAAAAGGUCAAAAACUAAAUCAACUGAACAGGAUUCAGAGACAAAUUAUACCUCAAAAUGGAUCAAUAAAUUUGUGGUUCAUGGCAAGCACAUUGACCUAAUUAAUUUGAAAAACGGUGGCUUUAACAUUGAAGAAGUGUUUGAUAAGUUAGGAUGGACCUCCUUUUUUAGAGUAAAUGAACCACAAUACCCACUGUUGGUAAAGGCAUUCUAUGCUGCAUGCAAUGGCUGUAAAGGAAGCCCUGGUUUCAGUUUUGUACUUAAAGGAGUACACUUGGAAGUAAACCCCACUACAUUAUGCAAAAUCCUUGACCUACAAGAUGCUGGAGCUCACUGUUUUGCUGAAACUUGGUAUAUGCAAUAUUUGAUCACUCGAACUUCCGUUCUUCAAAACAUCUUGAUAAAUCCUCGUAAACCUCUCGUAGCUUCAUACCUUCCUCCUAUGUGUCGGAUUUUUCACAACAUAUGUGUUCACUCGAUAAUGCCUCGAGCUGGGAGCUUUGAAAAGGUAAUCGAACUUGAUAUUCUGAUUAUUCAUCAUCUGUUGACUGGAACACCCCUUCAUUUGGGCAAUAUCAUAUUUAGCUACAUGUUGAAUGCUGCCAUUGUGGGUCGAUCAGCUCCCUAUGGGAUGAUCUUGACCAAAGUCUUUAAGUUCUUUAAGGUACCUCUUGAUGAUGAAGAGAGAAUUCAAUGCAAUAACUUCUUUUCUAUGAAAAAUAUCAAACAAAUGCGCAUUGACCUGCCUGAACAAACCCCCACAUCAAGGAAGAAGAAAACUGCCUCAAAGAAACAGAAGUUUGCCUCUCCACUAUCUCAUUCUCGCACCCCCACUUCCUCAUUUAACUCCGUUGGCUCAACACUUCCUCAAUCUCCAUAA